AUGGUAAUCUAAUUUGCUCCCUCAGGAAUAGCAUCAGAAGUGAAAUCCAUAGAAAUGCAUCACUAAGAUCACCCAGAAGCCAUACCAGGAGACAAUGUAGGUUUUAAUGUCAAAGGUGUAUCAGUAAAAGAUUUAUAAAGAGGAUAUGUUGCUUCUGAUUCUAAAAAUGAUCCAGCAAAAGAAUCUACUUCAUUUAAUGCUCAAGUGAUAAUAAUCAAUCAUCCUGGUUAAAUUUAAAAUGGAUAUUGUCCAGUUUUAGAUUGUCAUACAGCUCAUGUUGCAUGUAAGUUCGAUUAGAUAAUAUCUAAAAUUGAUAAAAGAUCAGCUAAAGUAAUUGAAGAAAAUCCUAAAUUUAUUAAAUCUGGAGAUUCUGCAAUUGUUAAAUUAAUACCAACCAAACCAAUUUGUGUUGAAGCCUUUUCUGAAUAUCCACCUCUUGGUAGAUUUGCAGUAAGAGACAUGAAACAAACUGUUGCAGUUGGAGUAAUUAAAUCUGUUGAAAAAAAAGAAAAUAAAAAAAAAUGA